AUGCCUUCCUGGGGCGGAAACGGCACGAUUCCCUAUGAGAGAGAAGCUGGUACUGCUGCUGCUGCCUGUCAGUCGGCAGGCUGCAGCUUCCCAAUCCCGCCAUCAUCAAUGCAGGAAUUUCUUGUGGCAAAGAAAAAAAUUGCAUUGCUUGUGUUUGUUUGUUACGAAAUCAUGAUGGAGGAGAGAGAGCGAAGUAUAGAGGAAGGGGGUACAGUAGUGAGUAGAGUUUCAAGUUUUCCCGGUUUCGGAGAGGGAUGGAAUCUGGUGGUGGAGGGACCAGGUUCCGCUGCUGUGAGCUCUGUGUUUGGGACCGUUGAAUCAUCUCUCUUGUGA